ACCCAACUCGAUAAACUUAUUCGUAAACAUAACCUCUAUCUACCUUGUGUACACUUGAAAAAGAUUUGUUCAUCUAUUUUUAUGUGUGUACAUAAGUAGUAUUGAUAUACAAUAACUCAUAAGUUUUUUACGGUGUACUAGGUUAAAAUCUAUUUCAGAAACAAAACAAAUAUGAAAAUUUCAGAGUUACCAGGAGAUGAAGACUCCGGUCUAACAUGCCGCACAUAUGUUUUCCAAAAUGAAAGUCACACUUUAGGCAAUGCAUUAAAAUGUAUAAUUUCAAGAUAUGAAGAUGUCCAGUUCUGCGGAUACACAGUCCCUCACCCUGCAGAAGCCAAGAUGCACUUUAGGAUACAGUCAAAAAACACACCAGCAUUAGAGAUAUUGAAACGAGGACUAAAAGACCUUGAGAAACUGUGCACACAUACUAUAGACUUGUUUGAAAAUAAAGUAAAAGAGUUUCAUAAAAGUUAA